CCUUCAACAUCCAAGUCUUGGCUGGCCAGUGUCCUCCCAGACGCGCCACAAAACCAGCCUGGUAAAGAGCGGGCAGAAGCCCCUGCCAGCCCACCGGACGCCCUGCCACCUCUCCAGGACCUCAAGCAGGGAAAUGCUGCGUCAGCACUCCCUGCUGCUCACCCUGUGGGCUCUGCUCUCCCUCGGGUCUGUCCUCUCCCAGGAGUGCACCAAAUACAAGGUCAACACCUGCCGGGACUGCAUCGAGUCGGGGCCCGGCUGCGCCUGGUGCCAGAAGCUGAACUUCUCCAGGCCAGGGGAGCCCGACUCCGUUCGCUGUGACACGAGGACACAGCUGCUAUCUAAGGGCUGUGCGGCCGAUGACAUCAUGAACCCCAGAAGCCUCGCUGAGACCAAGGAGAACCAGCAGGGGGGCCAGAAGCAGCUGUUCCCACAGAAAGUGACGCUCCACCUGAGACCGGGUCAGGAGGCUGUGUUCAAUGUGACCUUCCGGCGCGCCAAGGGCUACCCCAUCGACUUGUACUACCUGAUGGACCUGUCCUACUCCAUGCUUGAUGACCUCAUCAAUGUCAAGAAGCUGGGGGGUGACCUCCUCCGGGCCCUCAACGAAAUCACCGAGUCUGGCCGCAUUGGCUUCGGGUCCUUUGUGGACAAGACAGUGCUCCCCUUUGUCAACACGCACCCCGAGAAGCUCCGGAACCCGUGCCCCAACAAGGAGAAGGAGUGCCAGCCCCCGUUUGCCUUCAAGCACGUGCUGAAGCUCACGGACAACUCCAACCAGUUCCAGACAGAGGUCGGGAAGCAGCUCAUCUCUGGGAACCUGGACGCCCCUGAGGGCGGGCUGGACGCCAUGAUGCAGGUCGCAGCCUGCCUGGAGGAAAUCGGCUGGCGCAAUGUCACGCGGCUGCUGGUGUUCGCCACGGACGAUGGCUUCCACUUUGCAGGCGAUGGGAAGCUGGGAGCCAUCCUGACCCCCAACGAUGGCCACUGCCACCUGGAGGACAGCAUGUACAAAAGAAGCAACGAGUUUGACUACCCGUCGGUGGGCCAGCUGGCACAUAAACUGGCUGAAAACAACAUCCAGCCCAUCUUUGCUGUAACCAAGAAAAUGGUGAAAACCUAUGAAAAGCUCACCGAGAUUAUCCCCAAAUCGGCGGUUGGGGAGCUGUCAGAAGACUCCAGCAACGUGGUCCAGCUCAUUAAGGACGCCUACAAUAAACUCUCCUCCAGAGUCUUUCUGGAUCAUAACACCCUCCCCGACACCCUGAAAGUCACCUACGACUCCUUCUGCAGCAACGGAGUUUCGCAAGUGAACCAGCCUAAAGGGGACUGUGAUGGUGUCCAGAUCAACGUUCCGGUCACCUUCCAGGUGAAGGUCACGGCCACAGAGUGUGUCCAGGCGCAGUCCUUUGUCAUUCGGGCGCUGGGCUUCACGGACACGGUGACCGUGAGCAUACUUCCCCAGUGCGAGUGCCAGUGCAGGGACCGGAACCAGGACCGCAGCAUCUGUGGUGGCAAGGGCUCCGUGGAGUGUGGCAUCUGCAAGUGCGAUGCUGGCUACAUGGGGAAGAACUGUGAGUGCCAGACUCAGGGCCGGAGCAGCCAGGAUCUGGAAGGAAGCUGCCGGAAAGACAACAGCUCCAUCAUUUGCUCGGGGCUGGGGGACUGCAUCUGCGGGCAGUGCGUGUGCCACACGAGCGACGUGCCCAACAAGAAGAUCUUCGGGCAGUUCUGCGAGUGUGACAACGUCAACUGCGAGCGCUACAAUGGCAAAAUCUGCGGGGGCCCCGAUCGUGGGGAAUGCCGCUGCGGCAAGUGCCUCUGCAAAGCGGACUUCGAGGGCUCGGCCUGCCAGUGCCACAAGUCCACAGAAGGCUGCCGAGACGCAAAGGGGUCCGUCUGCAGUGGCCGCGGCCAGUGCCUCUGCAACGUGUGCCAGUGCGACAAGGACUACCAGCUGCCCUUCUGCGAGGAGUGCCUGGGCUGCGAUUCGCCCUGCAGCAAGAACGUCUCCUGUGCCGAGUGCCUGAAAUUCGACAAGGGCCCCCUCAUGAAGAACUGCAGUGUGGCAUGUCAGGGCCUGGAACUGCAGAGCGUGCCCCAUGAGCCGGGUUGGUCCAAGAACCCCAGGCUGACCCGGAAGUGCAAGGAGCGGGACUCAGAGGGCUGCUGGCUGACCUACACCCUGUGGCAGCUGGAGGGGAGAGGCAAAUAUCACAUCCACGUGGACGACAUGCGAGAUUGUCCACAAGGUCCCAAUGUAGGCGCCAUCGUGGGUGGCACCCUGGCAGGAGUCGUGCUGAUUGGCGUCCUCCUGCUGGUCAUCUGGAAAGCUCUGACCCACCUGACUGACCUCAGGGAGUACAAGCGCUUUGAGAAGGAGAAGCUCAAGUCUCAGUGGAACAACGAUAACCCCCUUUUCAAGAGUGCCACCACGACAGUCAUGAACCCCAAGUUUGCUGAGAGUUAGGGGCACUGGUGAAGAUAAGGUCGUCUGAGCCGACCAGAUGGAAUCACCCCCAGACCACGUCUCCUCCAUCAGGCCGACCGUGACCCUGCUCCAUGGACGUGGCUUGCAACGCCUGACAAUUUCAUCUAUUAACUAGAAAUCCACUAUUAUUUUCUGCCCUCAAAAUGACAGAUACGCCCUGGCCGGUUUUCCUUAGUUGUGAGAGCGUUGGCCCAUGCACCCAAGAGUCAUGGGUUCGGUUUCCGAUCACGGGCACAUACCUUGCUUGCAGGUUUCCCAGCCCCAGUAGGGGCCCAUGCAGGAGGCAACCAAUUGAUGUCUCUCUCAUACAUCAAUGUUUCCCUCUCUCUCUUUCUCUCUCUGUCCCCCUCCUCCCCCCUCCCCUUCCACUCUCCCUGGAAAUCAUUGGAAAAAAUAUCCUCAGGUGAGGAUUUAAAAAAAAAAAACAGACAGAUAUGACAGGGUGAUUAUAUGGACUCCUCAGGAGACGCAGUUCCCCCCUUCUGACUGGUACGACCUUCUGAUAGAGACUUGGAAAAGGGAUUGCUGGAGUCUUAUGAGGUUCGAUCCAUGUUUUCCCGUGUAAAAAUGAGGAUGGUGGUCUGAUGAAAGGUGGUAAAAACAUAUUUAUAUCUGCACUUACCAGGGUAUAAAACCACACCCAUUGAUCCCACUGUUCCCCCAUCAUGUGUAUAGAAAAUAUGAAUAAACUUUCCUAGAGCCUCUCCA